UUAAAUAAUACAUAUAUAUAUAUAUAUAUGUUUUUUUUUUUUUUUUAAACAAAAUCAGGGCCGUAGACCUUCCAUAGAAAGAGCCUCCACUUCAUUUGCUUUUUGCCUACAGUUUCAUUGUUUUUAGGCCAAACCUUCUUAAUAUUUGGGGUUCAAUUGGAUGCCAGUUCGGUUUUGUUGGCGAGGAGUGUUUUGCUUUUCUCUCUUGUCGUUAGAUUUUUAGAUUUUUUUCUUUUUUAUUUUUCCUUCUCCUUUUUGUUGCAUAUUAUUAGGGUUUGAUAUUGUAGCUAGGGUUUCGAAUUUCUUUUUGGUUGCGGAGGAUGGAGCCUCGUGUUGGGGGUAAGUUUCGGCUUGGACGAAAGAUCGGUAGCGGCUCGUUUGGGGAGAUCUAUCUCGGUACCAAUUUUCAGACUAAUGAAGAAGUUGCAAUUAAGCUUGAAAAUGUCAAGACAAAGCAUCCUCAGUUGCUGUAUGAAUCAAAGUUAUACAGGAUCCUUCAGGGCGGAACUGGGAUCCCUAAUGUGAGAUGGUUUGGAGUCGAAGGAGAUUACAAUGUUUUGGUGAUGGAUUUGCUUGGUCCUAGUCUUGAAGAUCUGUUUAACUUCUGUAGUAGGAAACUUUCUUUGAAGUCCGUUCUUAUGCUUGCAGAUCAAAUGGUAGGUAUGGUUGAGUUUUUCUAUGUUUUAUUUGCUUGUGUAGUUUUAGUUGAAACAUCAACCUUUUGGAUUAUUGACUUUUUUUCAUUUCAGAUCAAUCGUGUUGAAUUUGUCCAUUCGAAAUCAUUUCUACAUCGCGAUAUCAAGCCAGACAAUUUUCUUAUGGGUCUUGGAAGGCGUGCAAAUCAGGUCUACAUUAUUGACUUUGGUCUGGCUAAGAAAUAUAGAGACAGUUCAACCCAUCAACAUAUUCCUUACAGGGAAAACAAAAAUUUGACUGGAACUGCAAGAUAUGCAAGCAUGAACACUCACCUAGGGAUUGAGCAAAGCCGGAGAGAUGAUUUAGAAUCUCUUGGAUAUGUCCUUAUGUACUUCCUAAGAGGAAGCCUUCCUUGGCAGGGACUAAAAGCAGGAACAAAGAAACAAAAGUAUGAGAAAAUCAGUGAAAAGAAAGUUUCUACUUCGAUUGAGGCCCUCUGUCGUGGCUAUCCAUCUGAAUUUGCAUCAUAUUUCCAUUACUGUCGCUCGUUACGAUUCGAUGAUAAGCCAGAUUAUGCCUAUCUGAAAAGAAUAUUCCGUGACCUCUUUAUUCGUGAAGGUUUCCAGUUUGAUUAUGUGUUUGACUGGACAAUUUUGAAGUAUCAGCAAUCGCAGCUGGCCACUCCUCCGACACGUGCACUUGGUCCUGGUGCAGGAACUAGUUCUGGAAUUCCCCUUGCUGCUGCAACUGCUGACAGGCAGACAGGUGAGGAAGAAGGCCGACCUGUUGGUUUAACUUCAACAGAUACCUCUCGACGGAGAGUAUCAGGACCAAUCUUGAAUUCCGGAAGCUUUUUGAAGCAGAAGAAUCCAGUGGCUAAUGAUUCUUCAAUUGCUAAAGAUGCUCUGUUGUCAAAUGCCAAUAUUUUGGGCCGAUCAAGUGGAUCAUCAAGGCGGGCUGCUGUUUCUAGCAGUCGUGAUGCAUUUGCUGGAAGUGAUUCUGAUCCCCAUCGCACUCGCACUGCUGAUGCAAGUCCUGGAGCAGCUUACAGAGUCUCAAGUGGGCAAAGAAGUUCGCCUGUUGGAUCUUCAGACCCCAAGCGAUCAUCAUCUGCAAGACAUACCUCACAUAUAAGGAACUAUGAUGGUGCGCUCAAAGGCAUUGAAAGUCUACAGUUAGACAAUGAGGAGAAGGUUUGCCAUUGAACUCUGUUGUAGGUCAUACUAUGUUUGUGUGCUUCUGUUUCUGAAGGAUGUUAUAUAAUUUAACAACUGGAAUUCUGGGUGUGAAUCUUUGCAGUUAUAGCUUAAAGCAGGUUGAGUACAUCAAGGAGAAAAACCUAAAUUUUAACGACCUAAAUCAGGGCAAUGUGGCCUACAAUAGUUUGAUGUUCCCAAAAAAAAAAAAAAAAAAAAAAAAAAUGUAGUUGGUGUGUUACAGUGUUGGUUUGGCAAUGUUGUUUGCACUCGCAGGUUUAAUCUUUGCUGGCACUGUAGAUUGGCCAUGUAUUCAUAUCUUUUAAUUCCUAACAAUUUUCACUUUAUUUUGAGCAAAAGCGGUGGUAUCAUGUACCAGGAAGGGUAUGGAAGGCUUACGUAUUAUAUGCAAUGCUGCAUACGAAUUGAGUUGAAUUAUUAUACUAAUAAUUCAAUUUCCAAAUAGAUGAACUGUUUUUAACUUGAAUUGCGUUGUGUUUUAUUUUAUUUUAUUUUUAUUUUUUUUAACUGUAAAUUUUAAAGGAUAUAGAACCCGAAGUUCCUUAACAUCUGAACUUUAUGGAUUUCAUUCUUCUA